CGUCCUCUGAUUUAUGUCGUCCUUUGACUUCGGAAACAAUCGUUUGUUCUUUUUUGCACUCGGUCGAGGUUGGACUCGAUGGCUCUGAAGCGCUUGAAAAAGCGUGUACGAGACUUUCUCGGCCGUGGCCAUGAUUCUGACACACCACUGGCGAGCAAUGUUGGGCGUCCAGAAACAGCCCUUGCCGCACCGUCAGCAACGACUGUGAGCCCUGCCGUCCCGUCAACAAAGGCCGCGAGCCCCGCCAUACCGCCAAUAAAGGCCGCGAGCCCCAUCAUAUUGCCAAGAAAGGUCGUGAAUGCUCCUGACGUGCCACGCACCGAGGACACCGCCGUACAGACACAAAUGGCGCCCGCAGUCACCCACGAGACGGUCCAAAGAAACGUGCACGAGAUACGACACGAGCAAAUCUACCGCGAUAUCCACGAGCAUCACGUCGUACACCGGGUCCAACCGAUUGUCGUCAAGGAGACUCUGCCUGCGCGGCACUUUGUGAUGGUCGAUGGAGUCAAACGAGAGGUUUCAGAGGAGGGGGCGAAGGCCAUGGGAUACAUGGGAGGUUGAGGCAAGAAUGCACCUACUCGGCAUCACUCCUGCCUCGUGAGCGCCAUCAUCAACAUGCGCGGCGAUCUGACGCUCGUACAAUGUCUUCUUCCGAAGAAGCAUCAACCUGGCUCACAAUCGUCGACAAUUUCAUGUCAUCCCACUCGCCACCUUUCGAUUCUGGCAGAGCGGCGAUGGAGAAUCCAUCAGCACGAUGACAAUAGAGAGAUAUCGAAUUACUCGAGACUAUCGCCCAACCGCAAUAUUCACUGCUGGCCUUCAAGAAGUUUUCACAGCACGACCCAGUUGAUACGAUGCAUCUUUUCCGG